CCGGAAGUGUGUUGGCCUCUUUGGUUGUGGGGCCGACUCUUCGAGAGCGGAUUGUUGCCGAGCAACCGAAUGACCGUUUCCUAUGCCGGAUGAGGGAGUUAGCAGUAGUCGGUAGAAUUGGUGGAUUCGCAGUCGCAUCCGAUGGAGCCUUGGUCUUCGAGGGUAGACUUUGUGUUCCGUGGGUGUGGGAACUGCGGAGAGAGAUUUUGAAGGAAGCCCAUAGUGCCCCGUACACCAUCCAUCCUGGUAGCACGAAGAUGUAUCAGGACCUGAGGAAAUCGUUCUGGUGGCGAGGCAUGAAGAGGCAGACGGCAAAGUUUGUGGAUGGGUGCCUGGUGUGUCAGCAAGUGAAGGCUGAUCGCCAGAAACCGAGAGGAUUGUUGCAGCCUCUGGAGGUUCCCCAGUGGAAGUGGGAUUGCAUCGCCAUGGAUUUCUUG